UGCGCAGUGUGCUGUUUCCGGUUGACAGCUCGGGAGCAAUGGCGGCUGCAAUGGCAGCGGCGGGGUUGUUAGGCAUUUGCUCUCGGCGGUUGCUCGGGUCGGCCCGGAGUGUUCCGGUCGCCACUGCUCUACGCUGGCGCUCCACCACGACCGGAGCUGUGGUUUCCCCGCCUUCGGUAGAGAAGCGGCCACCCAAAUCACCGGACGUCCUCUGGCAAGAAGACCCCGAAACCGAAGAUGUCAACCUUUACGAGAAGAACCCAGACUACCACGGUUUUGAUGAAGACCCUUUCAUAGACCUCUGGAACAUGAGAAUCGUGUUCUUCUUGGGAGUCUCUGUCGCCAUUGUUCUAGGCUCUACCUUUGUGGCAUAUCUCCCUGAUCACAAGUGUCUUUUCUCUUUGUCCUCCUUCGACAGAAUGAAAGAAUGGGCCCGGAGGGAGGCAGAAAUAUUGGUGAAGAUAAGGGAGACCCAAGGUCUUCCUCUUAUGGAUUCCAACUAUUUUGACCCCAAGAAGAUAAUUUUACCUGAUGAUGAUGAGUAAACCCCAGCCAUGAAUAAAGUGAUUAAAAUUCUCUUAGUACCA